AUGGCCUGUAAUUCGCUGCCCUUGUAAGCCAUCUCUUUGAUUUUCCCCCCAAAAACUAAUCUUUUUCCAGAUGGCUCACCGACAAACUAGAGAACGAGCUGAUAGCUGUAUUCCCUAGCCAGCCCUUAGAUAGCUGGAACAGUGACGCAUAUUUGAAGGUUUUCCGAUUGUUCAGAGCUUUAGUGCUCUUAAAAAUUCUCUUUUCAGGGCAUGAAACUGAUGUCAGAGCUCACAAAUUGGGACAAUCUGAGAAUGGAAGUGGAUCCAAUGAAGAAGGCGUCAUUGACGAGAUUGGUGUGUACGAUCUCAUUAUUAAUAGUAAGUACAAGUCUGUUUUCAAAAAGACAGAAGCGAGAGCGAUGCUGGAAACGUAAAAAGUAACACAUGACGUUUCUCGUUUUAUUACAGAAUCCGGCAGAAAAUGAUGAAGGAUAUCAUCGAGAAUGCUCUUGA